CCUGUGGGUGGGUAUGGGUGUUACCGAUAGAGACGGCAGCAUUAGCCAUAAGAGUUUCUAAACCUUGCAGUAUACGUGCACAAAGUUCACAAGUGGUGAGUGUCGUGAUGGAGCCACAACAGGUCAAAGAGGGAUACUUGGUGAAAAGGGGCACGGUGCUGUGCUCCUGGAAGGCUGUGUGGGUGGUACUGUCUGACGAUGCGGUAGAAUUCUACAAGAGGAAGACAGACAGCUCGCCCAAGGCUAUGAUCCCCCUGAAGGGAUCUACACUCACCAGCCCCUGCCAGGACUUCGGGAAGAGAACUAUGGUGUUCAAGAUCAGAACAGAGAAGAAGCAGGACCACUUCUUCCAGGCUUCCCACAGCGAGGAGCGCGAGGCCUGGGUAAAGGACAUCAGGAGGGCCAUCAGCUGCCUGGAGGCUGGGAAGAGGUUUGCCCGCAAGUCCACCCGACGCUCCAUCCGUCUUCCCGAAACGGUCAACUUGAAUGAGCUGUACAUGUUAAUAAGGGACCAGGACAACGGAGUGAAGGAGUUGAAGCUGGAGAUUGAGAACAAAACCUACAACCACUGCUUCACCGGUGUGACGGUGGUGGAUUGGUUGAUCUCAAAGGAGAAAGCGAGGAACCGAGCCGAGAGCGUGAUGCUGGCGACGGGGCUGAUGAACGAGGGAUACCUCCAGCCCGCCGGAGACCUGUCCAAGACCGGGGCGUCCGGAGGCACCGAGUCUGUCUUCCUGGACGAAUCUGAUGCCAUUUACUUCUUUGCAGACAGCGGCUUCUUCUGUGAAGGAUACUCCAGUGAUGAAGAUGAUAUUGUGAAGGAGGAAUUCAGAGGAAACAUAAUAAAACAGGGAUGCCUGCUCAAACAGGGACAUCGACGGAAAAACUGGAAGGUGAGAAAGUUCACGCUGAGAGAUGACCCUGCCUACAUCCACUACCACGACCCUGCCAAGGGGGACGAGGAGCCCCUCGGGGCAAUUCACCUCCGCGGCAGUGUUGUGACGGCUGUGGAGUUUGUGCCUGACGUUCUGUUUACAGCCAAGCGCUACGACGUGGAAGGAAACCUCUUCGAGAUCAUCACCUCGGACGAGACGCGCUACUUUCUGCAGGCUGCGAGUGCGGAUGAGAAGAAAGAGUGGAUCCAAGCCAUCCAGGCUGUGUCAAAGACUGGAAAAUAACACUCACAAAAUGAACACGAUGUGACUUAUGAUGAAAAGAAUGGGUGUGAAUUUUUUUUUAUUAAAUUAAAGUCUAUUUAAUUUAAUUUAAAUGAGCGAUUAGUAUCAUCUCA